AUGGACGGCGCGGCAGGGGGCAUGUACGAACCACACGUGGCCCAUCGGCCUAGUUUACCAGGUCUUCAUCACUCCCCCCAUUUGAACCAUGCAAUGCACCCUUAUCACUCGAACCAUGUUAACCCCACGGCGAACCACGUCAUGGGAGGAGCCGUACCUGAUGUCGGGAAGAGAGACAAGGACGCGAUCUACGGACAUCCACUAUUUCCUUUAUUGGCUUUAAUUUUUGAAAAAUGUGAGUUAGCAACAUGUACACCCCGUGAACCGGGUGUUGCGGGGGGAGACGUUUGCUCCUCAGAAUCAUUUAACGAAGAUAUAGCAGUUUUUUCAAAACAGGAAUCUGAAAAUUUGGGUAAAAGAUUGUUGGCUCUGGAUGAGAAAGUUAGUGACAUUGACGACAAACUUAGUGUGUUAAAAAAUCAACUGGACAGCAAUUCUCUAAAAGGUGAAGAAAUUAAUGCAGAAGCAAGCGAAAAGAGGUCUGUGAGUAUGAAUGUUAUAGAGAUUACCAAAACAUUGAACACAGAAAUGAUAAACCAUGUAACAAAAGAAUUAGGGCAAUUUAAAGAUACUACAGGUGGUGUUGAUAGAAAGCUGCAAUUUCACAUUAAUUAA